ACAACGCGUCUUAAUCACUUUCUUGACGGUACCAAGACGUUAAUUACAUCCGGUGGCUGUUAACUACUCGUCAUAAUAGACUCGGGCCCGGGUGAAAAAACCUAUGAAUAAACCUUGUUAUCUAUUCUAUUGACGUGAGUACAAUCAUGAAUAAGGAAGUGAGGGUAUAUUUGGCAGUCAGGUCGUCUUAGGUCAGAUCCAGAUAAUACGAGAAGACCCCAGGAAGGUUCAUAUAUAAAUUCACGGAACAGAAAAACCUCGGUUGAGUGAUAAAAAAUAUUUUAAGUCGCUAAACACGCCCAAUUUUGUUUACGAACAAUGUUGUUACUCGGCUUUAUUCUGUUAGUCGUGGUCUGGAUCUUGUGUUCACACGAUUGCGUAAAACCGCGGAAAUUUCCACCAGGGCCCACGUGGUACCCCCUGAUAGGUGCGUUCCCUGCAUUUCACAGAUUGAAAAAAAAAUACUACUACGUUCACACUGUGUUAGAGGAGCUGUCAAGACAGUACGGUCCCGUCCUGGGUAUUAAACUGGGAAGAGAAAAAUUCGUUGUCAUCUCCGGAAAUGAAUUAGUGAAGAAAGCGGCGGCGAGGGAUGAUUUCAAUGGUCGACCGGACGGUUUCUUCUUCCGCGUGAGGGCCUUUGGAAAGCGCAAGGGGGUCUUGUUCAUCGACGGCCCAGCCUGGGCACAAACCAGGAAGUCCACGAUGAAGCACCUUCGAUCCUUCGGCUUCGGCCAGAAGACAAUGGACAACUAUCUCAAGAUCGAGGCCCAGGCCCUCGUGACGCACCUCCAGACUGAAGUCCAGAGGCUGCAGAAACCCCUCGGUCUUCAGGACGUCUUCGACGUGACGGUUCUCAACACCCUCUGGAUGAUGAUUGCCGGGUACCGGUUCCCCUACAACGAUCCCCGUCUCAAAUUCAUAUUAUCCGUCGUGCAUGACGCCUUCAGGUCCAGCGACACUCUAGGCGGUAUUCUGUCUCAUCUGCCUUUCCUACGAUUUGUCAUUCCGGAUUCAUCGGGCUACAAUCAUUUAAUGGCAACACAUAAUAAAUUGUGGGGAUUCAUUGGCGAUGAGAUUGAUGAUCAUCUGAAGACGAUGAGACGCGAUCAACCGCCGAAAGACUUCAUCGAAGCGUUUUUACUGGAAUCCGGAACCUCUUACGAUCGGGAAGAGCUGAUUGUGCUCUGCUUGGACUUAUUUAUGGCAGGAGCUAAGACAACGACGGACUCUCUCACCGCGAUUUUUGCACUUGCUCUCCAUCACCCGGAGUGGAUAAAGGCCUUGCAGAAGGAUCUCCAGGAUAUUCUGGGCCCUGAGGAGCAGCCGGGGCCCGAGCACGCGGUGCAGUUGCCCCGAAUCGAGGCCUUCUUAGCCGAGGCGCACAGAGUGCUAGUUCUCACGCCACUCGGCGUACCCCACAAGACAAUGGAAAACAUUUCACUCGAGGACUAUCACAUUCCAAAGGAUACUGUGGUUUUAUUCAAUUAUCACAGCAUUAAUGUCGAUGAGACGUGCUGGGAAGAGCCGUCCAGGUUCAACCCGGACAGAUUUUUGGACGAGAACGGACUGUUCAAGCGGAGGACUGAAUUUUACCCGUUUGGUUUGGGAAAGCGACGGUGUUUGGGGGAAAUAUUGGCACGAGCCUCCCUAUUCAUUUUUUUCUCCUCCAUAAUCCAUAAUUUCGAUAUCAAAGCACCAGAGGAUCAGGGACUCCCCAGACUGGACGGAAUCGAUGGAUUCACUGUGUCACCACGGCCGUAUCUCAUUGAAUUAAUUCCGCGUGAAAAGUAAACACCAGACCAGCGGCGCGUGAAGAGAAAAAUAUAAUUAUAUUGAAUUAUACCAAAUUUAAGAUGCGGAAGUAGAUAAGAGAAUGAUAAAUGUCUGGAAGACUCGCUGAAUAAUUUAUUAACUAAUACUCUUGAAAUAUCACAAUUGUUAAUGGAAUAAUCAGGUCGAGUGUGCUACAAGCUGGACUUCAUACGGUUUUGGUGACAACGUGAGUCCCGAUUGUGGCUCUGCAUCGAGAUAUGAUCCCGGGACAGGAAGCAAUUUGUAAUUUUUCAUGAUUCCCACGAACAGCAGAAAGACUGCGGAUCUUGCGACAGUCUCGCCUGGACAACGUCUGUGACCUAAAAAUCAUAAUUAUCUCAUUGAAUUACUCAAUUCCCUCCCUCCGCGAGAGAAAAAUUACGGCGAAUUUUUUCCGAAGCUGUCACGCAAUAUCUACUGGAUAUAUUCAUCUUAACUUUGCUUCUAACUGUUUAAAAAAAUAUAUACAGAUAUAUGGAGCACA